AUGGAUAGUUCAAAGCUAGCAGAGGAUUACAAAAAUAAGUCACUGCCAACAGAAGAAGAACACGAGAAAAAAGCAGCAGAAGAGUGCUCAACAUUCUUUCGGGUUUUGAAGGUGGAAUAUCCAAAGUUUUUCUGUCUGGGAGUACUUGGGUUCAUUACAUCUUUUAUUUAUUCUACAUUAAGAGAUGCAAAGGAUACACUUAUUAUUGGGAAAAUGCUUCCUACAUCAAUCCAGUAUCUUAAGUCAUCAGCAGUCCUCUUAUUUACAAUUAUGUUUGGGUUUAUGUUUCAAUAUCUUAUGUCAAAGGGUGUCAAGAUGAGAACAAUCAUGCUUGGGGCACACAUUGGAUUUGGAAUUUAUUUCGUUGUAUAUUCCGUUGUGAUCUUUUCAAUUGCAGAGAAAAUAGAGCCAUACAAGUUUUUAGUUGCUGAUAUGUUCAGGGAUGCAAAGAUGCACACUAGAGGACUUCAGUUCCUUGAAGGACUUUUCUACAUGAUUAACUUCUGGACCUGUUCAUUAUUUUACGUUUCAGCUGAAAUGUGGGGAAGUUUCGUUCUAUCACUACUUUUCUUUGGAUGUGUUAAUGAAUUAUGUCUUCUUAAGCAAGCCCUUAGGUUCUACCCUCUUUUCUUAAUCUUUGCAAAUGUGGCACUGACACUCUCUGGUGUCAUGGGCCUUUGUGUCUCCUUAUUGAACAAGACAAGCAAGGAGAAUAUCAUUAUAUUCUACAGAUAUUUCCUGAUAUUACUGGGUAUUUUAUGUGGAGUGAGUUUCUUCAUUUAUAAAUACCUUAUGGAUAAGAUUAUUCCCUACCCUAUUUAUAUCGCAUCUAAUCCAACCUACACCAAAAAGACAAAGACAAAAGUAGGCAUGGUAGCAGGAAUUGUUGCUGCCUUCUCAAAUCCAAUUAUUCUGGCACUGUCUUUGUCUGUGCUAAGCUAUGGUGUAGUGACUAACUUAACAGAAGGUGCUGGUAAUAUGGCAAUUGCAGAUUAUGCAGAAAUUCAAGAAAUGCCAAAGGAGUCAAUGACAAUGAUAACAAAGGCAAUUCAGCAAGUGGUAGUUGGAAUAGUCACAGGAAUUGUUCUUAUGUCCCCAAUGAAGUCAUUUAUCCAGAAGAAAGGAUGGUUAUCAUUGGGACUAGUUUCACCAAUUCUCUCACUCAUUGGUUCUACUAUUUUCUUCGGGUGCAUUUGGAUCAACAGUAAAAUGGUUUCAACUGACAAAAAUCUACUGACUAGAUUUGCAAAGUCAAUUGGAUCAAUCAUGCCAUGGACCCUAAAGGGUGCUAAACUAGUUGAAUUAGUCAUCAGUAUGAUCGUUGUAAUGACAAUUAAAAUCAUGAAAUAUGCUGCAUUUGAUAUCUGCAAGGAAGCCGUUGGAGUGAAAAUCCCAAAAGAGCACAGAUCCAGGUUCAAAGGAAUUUAUGAUGGAGUAUUUGGUAAGCUAGGGAAGUCAUUUGCUUCAAUAACUCAGAUUGUUCUUCUUUCAAUCUUUAACACAAGUGAUAUAAGAAAGUCAGUUGCAGUCACAUUCACAACAACCGUAUUAGUAAGCAGUAUAUGGUUAUAUGCUACUGUAUACUUAGGAACAAAUUAUUCCAAGGCAGUUAGAGAAGGGAAAGACCUGCCAGUUUUAGUCUCUGAGUCAAAAGAAAAAGAGAAAGCCACAGCAUAG